AAAAAGUUGAUUCUUUAAUUCUUUAUUGCUGCAGCAAAAGCAAACGUUCGAACAAAGUGAUAAUUAUUAUUUUGUAUUGUCCGGCGAAUUUUGAACUAGUGAUGUAAAACCUGUCAGAGCAAAUCUCUAUUUGCCAUGUUAGCAGAGUUGCAAAGCUGGAAUAAAACCAUCCGGGAGUAAUUGUGUGAAGCGAACACCAGGUUAUUGAUCAUGGCUGCAUCUAAACCAGGUCCAGGUCCGACAGGCAAAGAAGAGCUGACGCUGAAGUAUGGUAGAUCAACUUUCGACCGCAAGGCAUUCCUGGUGAACAACGAGUUCAUGUCGGAUGUAGUAUUUCUGGUUGGAACCAAGCGGAAGCAACGGAUUUACGCGCACAAGCUGUUUCUUAUUGCGGCUUCGGAGUAUUUUUUUGCCAUGUUCAAUGGCAACUUUCGGGAAUCCGGCGAAAACGAAAUAGUCAUUGAGGAUGUGGAACCGGAAAUAUUCCUGGAGAUUAUGAAGUUUAUUUAUUGCGGCAAGAUCGAACUGACCUUUAGUAACAUUCAUGAGAUUUACAUUCAUUCGAGCAAAUACAUGCUUAUGGAAUUGCUUGCCAUGGCUUCCAGCUUCCUGGAACGCAGUAUCGACUCUGAUAACGUACUGAAAAUUUUUACCCAGAAUAGGUUUUACGGUUUCCAGUUUGUAGAUGAAGAAUGCUUACAGAUCAUUUGUAACAACCCGCUGUAUUACUUCAACCACGAGGAAUUUGCCAUUAUCGAUCGAGAAUCCCUCAGUCUAAUAUUUAGAUCGAAGAAAAUAAAUUGCACCGACGAUCAGUUGAUGGGGGCGUUGGACAUUUGGGAGAAAAAUCAUGAAACAGAAAACGUGGACGAGCUCAAGGCAAUCAUAAAGAACGCCAAGCGAUCUUACGAUUGCUACAAACUGCGUCUUUUCGGGCCAUCAUCGGGAUCGGAACCGAACGACUUUGGAUUUUCUAUAACCUCGGAGACAAUCGUACUCAUGUUUGGUAUCGGGGUGUUCAUCAAGUCUGCCGCUAGAGUCAUCUCGAUCGAUGUCAAAAUUUGGGAGAACGAUCUCGAGAUUAAGUAUGAUCAGUUCGAGUACGAAAACGAUGACUUCGUAACGGUGGAUGUGGCUAAUCUGUUUUUCGAGCAAAUCGUGCUGAUCCCUCACAAGAUUUACAAGAUUUCACUGAACAUCACACCGGCACUGGAACCUUUUACCAUUCAGAACCCGAAGAUUCACCAUGAUCGCAUCAAGAUGUCAAUCGCCAACGUCUUGUACGGCCGCUGUGACAGCACAUAUUGUGCGAUCGCGCAUUUGCACUGUAAGGAGCGGGUGCCAAAGUUGAAGAAAUAAUCGUAUGUUUUUAAGUAGGCUUAAAAAGUUCAGAUUUCUCUCGUGUUAGAAGAAUUUUGUUGAUCCUCUAUUUUAUAUUAUGUAGGCGUACUUACAAUUACAGUCCAGUGUAAAUAAAGGAUGUCUAGGAACACAA